AUGGACAUGACUAUAUCCCAGGAGGCCGUGCUUCAGAGGCCCUUGCCUGUCAUGGCAGCUCAGAAGCUGAAUCUGUCCUCCAAGCGCAAGAAGCACCAGCCCUCGCUGCUCCACCCACAGGAGCCCUCCAUCUACCCCACCAACUUCAGUGGAAUCCUGCAGGUCUCGCCGCCCCCCGCCCCGCCAUGCCUGCUCCGAGCCGUGUCCAAAGUAAAAGAGAACCCAGGGAUGGGAAAGGUGAAAGUGAUGAUGCGUAUCUGUCCGUCUCUGGAGGCGGCAGACUCCUCAGAGUCUCAGUCUUUUUUGAAAGUGGACAGUAGGAAGAAGCAGCUGACCCUCUACGAUCCCGCGUCCAGCCCGCCACACUCCAGUUCAGGACACAGGCGAUCUGCCACCGUGGCCGUCCCAAAGAUAUUCGCCUUCGAUGCUGUUUUCACCCAGGAUGCCUCACAAGCUGAGGUGUGCUCAGGGACCGUCGCCGAGGUCAUCCAGUCGGUGGUGAACGGCGCAGACGGCUGCAUCUUCUGCUUUGGCCAAGUCAAGCUCG